AUGCUCACUGCUUUAAGUAUGUCUGCAAUUGCAACAAAUGGGAAAGUUCCCGCCGGUGGAUCGUAUUUCAUGAUAUCACGUUCGAUUGGCCCUGCUUUUGGUGGAGCAGUUGGAAUACUUUUUUAUCUUGGUACUACAAUAGCGUCUGCUAUGUAUCUAGUAGGAGCUGUGGAAGUGUUUCUUAAAUAUAUAUUUCCUCAGGCAUCGUUAUUUGGAGACAUUACAUCAGAUGCUGCGCUAUUUAACAAUACACGUGUUUAUGGUACAAUACUUUUGUUUACUGUUAUGUGUUGUGUGUUCAUGGGCAUUCGUUUUGUUAGCCGGUUUGCUGCUGUCAGUUUGGCUGCUGUUUUGAUAUCAAUUUUAUGCGUGUAUUUAGGAGUUUUUACAGUGAAUCCAUCCAGAAGUCCGUAUGUUUGUGCAUUGGGUGGACGAUUAUUAAGUCAAGAUUUUAUCACUGUCAACGGUACUGCACAAUGUCAUAAAAAUACCACAGGUCCUAUUUAUGAAGCAUAUUGUAAUAAUCGUGAAAUAGCAACAGAGGAAUCAUGUGAAUUUUUUAACGCUAACAAUAUCAGUUAUUUUCCUGCUAUGCCUGGUUUAACUUCAAAGAAAUUUUUCGAAAACUUUUUUGAAUCACAUUACCGUGAAAAGGGAGAGGCAUAUGAUAGUAUUGAUUUUCCGGCUGAUCGUAAAUAUGGUCAAGGUCCAAAUAUAGCAGAUGUUACAUCAAGUUUUAUGCUUCUCUUGGGUAUUUACUUUCCCUCUGUCACUGGCAUCAUGGCUGGUUCUAAUCGAUCGGGUGAUUUGACAAAUCCUCAGAAAUCUAUUCCAUUGGGAACUAUAUUGGCUAUAACAAUGACGUCGCUUGUAUAUUUAUCAUCACCUUUAUUGUUUGCUGCAAUCUGUGAUGGCUCUGUUAUGAGAGAUAAAUUCGGUGAAAGUUAUGGUGGUAUAUUGUUGGUCGCUGCAUUUGCAUGGCCACAUUUUUGGGUUAUUUUGAUUGGAUCAUGUUUAUCAACAAUUGGAGCUGGUUUACAAUCAUUAACUGGAGCACCAAGACUUCUACAGGCCAUUGCUCAAGACAAUGUUAUGCCAUUCUUGGAUGUAUUCAAAGUGAUUACAAAACGUGGUGAACCAUUACGUGCACAACUACUCUGUUAUGGUAUUGCACAACUGGGUAUACUAAUUGCUUCAAUAGAUCAUCUAACUCCUCUGAUAACCAUGUUCUUCUUGAUGUGUUAUGGUUUUGUAAAUUUGGCUUCAAUGCUUAAUGGAUUCUUGAAAGAGCCCAGUUGGCGUCCAAGAUUUCGAUUCUACCAUUGGUUCCUCUCAUUUGUCGGAUUAUGUCUAUGUAUUGCGUUAAUGUUUAUAUCUAGUUGGUAUUACACUAUUGUCGCUUGGGCGUUAGCGUUUGCUAUUUACAAAUAUAUUGAAUUUAGAGGUGCUUCUAAAGAAUGGGGUGAUGCUACAAGAGGUUUACAAAUGUCCACAGCAAAACAAGCUAUUUUAAAACUUGGUAAUAAACCAAUUCAUACAAAAAAUUGGCGACCACAAAUUUUAGUUUAUUUACCAUUGGAUGAAAAUUUUCAAGCACGUCAUGAUCGUCUAUUGGAUUUAGUUUAUCAAUUAAAAGCUGGACAUGGUUUAACAUUGGUGGCAUCGAUUUUAGAAGGUGAUAUUAUUGAUAGACGUAAUGAUAUGAUUGCUGUUAAAGCUCAUUUAAGUGAUCUUAUUCAACAGCAUCGUAUUAAAGGUUUAGCUGAAGUACUUGUCGCUUCUACUAUUGAUGAAGGCAUGAAAAAUAUGGCACAAUGUGCUGGUCUUGGGAAUUUACGUCACAAUACACUUAUGGUGUCCUAUCCUGAAGAUUGGCGAGUCGAUUGUAAAAGUAGCGGAAGUAAAUUGUCGAAAUUUAUAUCGACUUUGAGAGCUGCACAAGCAUGUGAUAUAGCAAUGCUAGUGCCUAAGGGAAUAGAUUUGUUUCCUUUGAGCAAAGGAAACCAAAUGAUUGGAAAUGUUGAUGUUUGGUGCAUUGUACAUGAUGGUGGUCUGCUACUGUUAACGUCAUAUUUGUUAAUGCGCAAUCGUGUAUGGCGUAAAUGCCAUUUACGCAUUUUUGUGGUGGCUACUGAAGAUGACGAUAUUGUGAAUCUGAAGAAGGAUAUGACCAAGUUCAUGUACGAUUUGAGAAUUAAUGCUUCUGUGGAAGUAGUAGCAAUGAGUACUGCUGAUAUAUCAGCUUAUGUUACUCAAAGAACAGCUAGUAUUGAACAACGUCGUGCACUUCUCAUGCAAAUGAAAAUAUCCAAUGUUGAAGCACGUUGUGAUCCUCAACUUAUUGUUGACCAACAUCGUAAACCUAGUUCAGUUGAUAUUAAUCCAGCAGAUAUCAUCAAAUCGAAUUGUUCCAUUGAUUCUCAUAAACUUUUACCGGCUAUAUCAGCUACAUCAACUGAAAGUUCAGAUCAGUCACCUGAUCAUGCAACAAAUGUAACAAACACCAGUAGUAGCGAUUCUGCUUCCAAAGAAGAUACGAAACCAUCAAAUAUGAAACCAGAUACUGAAUCGAAUAAUAAAUCUAUUUCAAAUCAUUCACAUCAUUGUACUGUAUCAUUUGCAACUGGUUCAAAUGUUGCAGUUAGUGAAUCUGACAAAUCUACUAAUCCCAAAGAAAAUGAUACAAAUUCAGAAUUGAAUCGUGGUAUUAAUGAAUUUACUUUUUCACCUUCAAAUCCAUUGACUAAGUUAGUUCAAAAAGCUGCAAAAGAAGCAGGUUCUAAAGAAGAGCAUUUAUUGAAUAAAGCGCAUCCAGGAAAAAUAACUAGAACUCAACGUCGCUUACACUGUGCUGUACGUUUAAAUGAAUUAUUACGCACUCACUCAAGUGAAUCAGACUUAGUCAUUGUGAAUAUGCCUGGACCAUCACGUACUUUAGGGAGUGAAUAUUAUUAUAUGGAUUAUAUUGAAACAUUGACAGAUGGCUUAUCACGUAUAUUAUUGGUACGUGGAACAGGACGUGAAGUAAUCACUGCAUUUUCUGAAUAAAUAAUAAUAAUACUGAAUUUUCUGUGUGUAUGUAUGCUGAUUAUCCUCAUGUUAAUGAUAUAAAGUACAUUUUCAUGAAACAAAAAACAUAAUCUAGUUGUAAAACGUGUCAAGUCUUUGUUUUGCUCACAAUUAAAUCAUUCUGUUUAUUCUCACUAAUUUUAUCUUUAAA